AUGGCUUCGUUAUCGGUUUCUCCUCUGUUAUCCAUGCGACUGAAAGCACCAACUCUCACCGCUUCAAAACCAUCUUCACUCUCUCUCAAUUCCUCCAACGUUCGUUCUCCAUUGCUUCAUUGCUCCUUCGCCUCCUCACCUUCCUCUCUCUCGUUCCACUCUUCUUCCAUUUCAGGUUUGUCGUUAGGAUUUAAUUUGACAUCUAAUGUUGGAUUAAGAAGACAAAGUGGUCGCGGCUUGGUUAUUGUAGCAGCAGGAAGGACUGCUCUUAAUCUAACAAAGAGAAGCAGAUCACGAAAAUCAUUGGCACGCGUUCAUGGCUUCCGCAUACGAAUGAGCACAACAAAUGGAAGAGCUGUCUUAAAGCGACGACGUGCCAAAGGACGAAAAGUCCUUUGCACUAAGACCCACUCAAGCACGGGCACUAGACACAAAAAGGCCUAA